AUGGCAGCGCCGACAUCUAGAGAGUACUUCAAGCCAGCUUUGCUGGUGGUGGACAUGCAGGAAGACUUUUGCGGGCCUAGUGGAUCGUUAGCAGUGGAAAGUGGACGGGACAUAGCACCGACAAUCAACAGCCUCCUCUCUCUGCCGUUUGCCCUGAAGAUAGCGACGAAGGACGCACAUCCUCAAGGCCACGUCUCCUUUGCAAUAUCCCAUCCCCCCCCAAACAACAAAGCCUUCGAGUCUGCUGUCAAGAUCUCCAAUCCCUCAGACAGGACCCAAUUUCACGAGAUACCGCUUUGGCCGGUGCAUUGUGUUCAAGGUACGAAGGGAGCCGAGAUCAUUCCAGAGAUAGACGUAUCAAAGUUGGAUGAAGUGGUUGAGAAGGGGAAGGAUAGCGGGUUAGAGAUGUUCUCUGGUUUUGCGGAUAUUUUCGGAAGCAAAUCACCGGAGGCAGCCUCGCAAGAUCUUGCCGGAUUGCUUCACUGCGCUGGAAUAACAACGGUCUUCGCCGUGGGCUUGGCAGGAGAUUAUUGUGUCAAAUGUACGGCUCUUGAUGCAAAGAAAGAGGGAUUCGAGGUCUAUGUGGUCAAGGAAGCCACGAGAAGUGUGGAUGCUGGCGAGAAUGGGUGGGGCAAAGCCACAAAGGAGAUGAGGGAGGCUGGGAUCGAGAUCAUCAGCGUCGAAGGUCCGGAAAUGGCGAGAGUCAAGAGCUUGAAGUGA